UGAAUACUUUCCAUACCCACUGUACUUGGAUUAUUACUAAUGGAAGAGUUUCAGAUGUUGACUAAUUAUUUCUUUCCAGGUGUCUGUGAGGAGUGAAGUCACCUGCACAUCUGGGACAAAGACCGAUGACUGGAAUGCUCUCAAACUUGCACAUAGCUCCACCACUUCAGAUUGGCAGGUGAUGUUUCAGAGGGCGGAGGAGCAGUUACCGCCCGUAAAACUCUCUGAAGCUCACAAGCAGGGUUACAUGUUCAACUUCACAGAUGGAAGGCUGGUAUUUCGUACACCAUAUGGACAACCUGGCUCACUUAGCACUAAGGUGAAUGGUGUUCCAGUAGAGGUGGUCCAUGCAACUCUGUUCUCCAGACAAAGAUGGGUCGUCCUCAUAGUCGACCUGGUGGCUGCUUGCUCCGUGGAUGAAGGAUCAUUUGACGACCGCGGCUACAUGGUGUGGGAGACUCCUGAUGCACUGUACCCAGGUCUUCACAGCACAAAACUCAACAUUGGACUCAAUGGUGAACUGAUGGAGCAGCUUGUUGCAGAGGAGAGAGGCUACAAUUUGAAGAAGCGCAACACCACACUGCAGAUCAGCAUUCCCUAUAAUGCAAAAGGGGGAUACAGGAAGAGCUUUGUGUCUGGCAACCUCUACGAGUUUUAUGUCUUUGAUUUGUACUUGGAGCAAAUCUCAGUGGAUGAGGAUCAAGUAGAGACCAGACUUCGCUUCCACAGGACACUGGCCACUCCCCUACUGCCACACCCUGUUUUCACUGCAAACCGAACGGUUCUUGAGGAGCGCACCUUCACGAUCUACCUCGGCGACGUCCCUGAAGACGUUGAGUUGGCAGCUGUUAAUUUGAAUGGACAAGAACCUACAGUUCCCUUUACAAAUGAGAGCAGCCGCGCCAUCACAAAUGUUGUUUAUCCCAACAACACUCAUGGCUACACCCUGAAGGUGCCUUUUGAUGACCCUGAUGUCAUACAGCAGGUAAAGAUCUUUCUGAAGUAGGC